GCGCAGUACGAGGAGGCGUCACCAGUCAUUCAAAUUCAGAGGAUGAGUAUUGCUCACGCCAACGAGAAGAGAGUAUGAGUGUUUAGUUCCGAACAUUCAUAGUAGCCUAAGUUGUUCCACGUUCUUUGCGAGUUUUAGUCAAUUAACAUUAUUAUUGGAAUUUAGCUUCAAUCUUGAGCAGGCAAUGUUGAACGAAGCUUCGGGUCAGAAGUACUUUGAUGUUCGAAACGUCAGUUAUGAAGACGGUUACUCUUAGAAGCGCCAGGACAUCAUUUGCAUGAAACUGCAGCAAGAUCAAGACGGUGAGUCCAACUGGACCCGAUUCAAAGCGAAGCUGGGAAACAAGCCUGGGGAAAAGGACUGAGGACCACGACACCUGUGCCCAGUCUACCCCCAAAACUAACCCCUCCCACAAAAAAACAAACCUUAAAUCUACCAUGUCUCUCAACACCUUCCACCUGAUGGAGACCCUCAAGAACUCCCCGUCUGUUUUUCGCCGCCGCUUCCGCCGUGACCGCACCGAGUCCCUCUCCCACGGCGACCCGCUCUUCAAGGUCCACUACCUGGGCACUGAGAAAAUCUUCUCCCUGGAUCUACAGCAGGCCCAGGACGCCAUAGCCCGGCUGCUCGACGGGGCCUCCAACGGAAAGAAACUGAGCAAAGACCAUGCGUUGGUGGUUCGUCCACGCUACGUCGAAGUCAAAGAGCUCAGCACUGGACGCCAGCUCACUAAGACGUACCUCCAGGACAUUGCCUACUGCGCGGCCGACGCCACCAGACCCAACGUGUUUCUGUACAUCUGUAAGCAUCACGGGCAACAGCUGCACUGCCGGGUGUUCUGGUGCAGCCGGGCAGAGCGGGCACGGGACAUGACGGCCUGCCUGGCACACUCCUUCCAGAGGGCACUGAAUGACUGGCAGGGGGACGGGGACGUUGGGUUAGGGGGAAGUACCGACACGCUGACCCCAGAAAAGGACGGGGUGAAGGAGGGAGAGGAUAUGCCCAGCACCACUACUAACCCCAAAAGCUCCAUACAACCAGACAGCUGUGGAAGAGUCCGUUGGAAGAAGAGGAGCUCCAUGUCUCGUAGUCCACUGAGAGCCAUGACCAGGAAGGGCUCUGCCUCUGACAUCUGGCACUGAGUCCCCGAUCCCCAGAAUGGGACAUGGAACUGACGACAUCCCCAGUGGCUAGCUACAGCACAGAGGGAGGGAUUGAAUGAACCCACCACUACUGGACACAACAGGAUUGAAAAAAAGGAGUGUGAGGGAGAUCACUGCUGGACUUUCUUUCAAAUGACACAUUGCCUUGCUUACAUGUUGAGUCUACAGUACCGUUCAUGACCGGCAUGAAUGGUAGCCUACAAACUGUGGAAGUUAAUGACUAGCUACCUUGGCUUUUGCCUCUGGAUUACUAGAGGAGAAGGUGCUUAGUUGAUAGCGUUGUACUGUACGCUGUUGGUAGAAACCAGUAUUCACCUCAGUGGCCUUGUGACUCGCUUUCACUGUUGGAACGCUUCAAAGCUGAACUGCUCAUUUCCAAUGCUACUCCAAGUUACUUGUUUUCCACUGAGUGGCCUUGAUACUCUGAACUGUCAGUUAUGCUUAGAAGAAAGGAGCUCAAGGUCCUGUGUGCCUUUUUUUUUUUUAGCUAGACAAGGAUAUGACGACAGAGUUCACCAAACCCCAAUUUCCUCUCCAUACAAUGCUGAACACAGCCUGGACUGUUUGAAACUGGUCACAGUCAUGGCAAUGUCUGUUUUAAAAAAAAAAAAAAACAUUUGUAACAUUUGUUUGUAUUUAUUUUAAUGAGAAGUCUUGUUUGUAACACACGGUUCAUGCACCUCUUCUCUUCCUGAAACACUAGAUUGUUGUUUUUUUUAAGGGAGGAGGAGCUUAAGUUUGAGCCGAAUGUGAGCUCAGUGUUCGUCUUGGGAGAGGGGUUAAAAACGGAGGUGUGUGUGAGAGGGUUCAUGGGGCAUAAAGGGUUGAUUUUAAUUUAAACAGGGUUUAGGCAGGGUUUUAGUAUCAAUUCAUUCGGUUCAGACUACACCAUGUGUAAUUUAGUCCUGUUGUUCCCAACCUUUUUCGGUCACUGUACCACCAACUGAAUUUCUCUGCCUGGAGUACCCCUGAAGUACCCCCUCAUGUGCAUUUUACCAGUAGGACUAUGGUCUCGUGAGUCUUAUCAAGUACCCCCUGUGGCUAGACAAAGUACCCCCAGGCGUCCUAGUACUCUUGUUGGGAACCACUAGCCUGGUCAAUGCACACUGACUGUUCACAUUAUUUAUUUUUUGUCAUAACAUAUUACUAUUCAAGUAAAAUGUAAUCCUAAAUCAAGUCAAAUGUAAUCCUUAAUUAAGUUCCAUAAGCUUAAUUUGUUCCUAUAAGGUGUUAGUGUUUGCUAGAACUGUGAGUUUUUUUUUUCUUCAUACUGUGUCACAGGAGGUUGGUGGCACCUUAAUUGGGGAGGACAGACUUGUAAUAGGUGGCGUAGAAUAGUAUCCAAUACAUCAAACGCAUGGUUUCCAUGCUUUUGCCAUUCCAUUUGUUCCAUUCCAGCCAUUAUUAUGAGCCGUCCUCCCCUCAGCAGCCUCCAUUGAUGUAUAUAUUUGCAUUUAUGUGGAAAGAUCACUCACCCAUGAUUCUCCUUGUUCCUCAUUAUUCCCGUGUGGGUGAUGUAUAACCCUGGGUGAGUGAUUUUUGGGGCAUGUGUGGGGCAGGAACGUUGGUUUGCAGUGUUCGGAACUUCGGCAGUGCACCUGCAUUCCUAUGGGGACAUUAAAGUUCUCGUAUCCUCCUUGGCUCUGCCCACUCUCUCCUCCCCUCAGUCUGGCUUAACCUAACCUCAUGACUCUGCAUGUUUCAUAGCAUUAGUGUGUUGGCGUCCUGUCCCCAAGCUCAAAUACCUGUCUACACACACACUCCUCACACACUUUCUCAUGCCACAUCCACUCAUUCCAUACAAUAUACUUCUGCCUCCUCUGACCACCACGUCAGGGUUGUAUUCAUUGGGCACCUCAUAUCUCCAUGGUUUACAGUGAAAGGUGCCUCAGUUAUUUGACUUGAUAAGAUGUCAAUGAUAUCAAUGGAUAGUUUUUUUUAAAACCAUUUUAUUUGAAAUGAUUAUUGUAAAGCAUCUCAAACUACAAAUGGCACAACCCCAUCUUGGGAGGGCAAGUGUCUAGUUUUGUUCUUGUUUUGUACAUCCUUGUUUACAUAUUUUUAAAUACGUGUAAGCUAUGGAAUAAACUUUCAUACAAUGAUA